AUGGCAGCAGAAAACUAUGGAAUGGAACACCUUGAAUUCCAAGGAUCAGAUACGCUCAAGUUUUACAAUUUUAUUUUUGGUUUCAGUAACCUUGUUGUUCUCAAGUUGAAAGCCAUCCAUGUCAAUUAUUUUUUACCCGUUGACUUUCCUAGUCUUAAAACCCUACAUUUAAACAAUGUUUUUAUUUAUGAACACUGGUUUCUUCGAGAACUUGUUAAUUCCUGUCCAAUUCUUGAAGAUUUUCAAGCUAAAAAUAUAUCUGUUGGGUAUUGGUCAGAGAACUAUAAUGGAAGGUUUAAACGCUUAACCAAUUUGGUUAGGGCGGACAUUGCUGACUUGAAUAGUUGUGAUGUUCCUCUUGAAGCCUUUUCUAAUGUUCAAUUUCUUCGAGCAGAAGAGAUGUUUGGACAUGUUCCUGUGUUUCGUAAUCUAAAUCAUGUGGAGCUAGUCUUCCAAAGAAAUGUCGAUUGGUGUUGGGUAUUUGGGGUGCUGGAGAAAUUCCCCAAACUUCGAAUUCUUGUCCUUGAAAUGCCUCAACUUUUAACAUCAGUUCGAUCGUUUAUCUCGAUCCUAAGUGUUUCCCCUGAAUGCCUUUCUUCAAAGUUCAAAGAGUGCACUAUUACAAAUUAUGGAGGACAGAAAUAUGAGCUGCAAUUUGCACAAUACAUUAUGCUGAAUUCAACAAACUUACAGAGGAUGACAAUAUACAACUCAUCUUCCAUGAAUCAUGAAGAGAAGCUUGCAAUGCAAAUGGAAUUGUUGUCCUUCCCAAGGAGCUCUGCCUCGUGCCAGAUUUAUUUUAAAUGA